AUUGAACAGAAUCUUUACCAGAAUGUAAGCUGCAAGUCUGCAAGACUGUUAGUCAUCGUAAUUAAUUAAAUAAAUCCGUAAAAGGGUUUUAAAUAUUAUUGAGGGUUGGCAACAUGUCGGACUAACUGUUUCCUAAGACGAGUGACGAGCAAGGGUAGUCCCACGUCGUGUUCACAUGCCUUGAUCUCGCUCUCCUCUUCUUCUGCUCCUUCGCGAACUAUAAAUAGCUCGAAAGACAGCAUUGUCUAUUCAGUGCAUUUUAGUGAUCAAAAUCUCUCACAUUUACUUGAACAAACAAAAAAGAUAAACAUAUUUCAUAUAACAAAUUUAAACAAAAUGGCUGCCUCUUCUCAUCCUGUUAGGUCCAUAAGUUUACCUGCCAGAUCUCACCCAACAUCACUUAAAAUCGAAGAAACGAUCAAUAAGUUAAAGAAUCGCGAUAUUUACCCAUCAGAGUCAACUUCCUGUUAUGCAUCAGGAGCCGAUAGUAUUCAGCUCGGUCUUCUUAACCUUGUUGAGCUGUAUGCUCAUCUACAAGAUCUUAUCAACUCUCUUUCCAGCCAGAACGGGAAAUUGGUUGAAGAAGCCUUAGAAAGUUCGGUAUCUCUGCUAGAUACUUGCAGCAGUGGAAGAGACCUCAUUACAGGGUUUAAGGAGCAAAUCUGUGAACUACAGUCUGCUCUACGUCGUAAGGGGUACUCGAGCAGUGAAGAAAUUAGCAUGUACAUGAGUUUUAGAAAGAAGGUUGCAAAGGAAGUUUCAAGAUGCCUUAAAGUGUUAAAGCUAGCUGAGGGAAAAUUCGGAAACACUGCUCCUCUGCUUGAAAGCGAUCCUUCAACAGCGAAUUUAGUUAAACUUGUAAGAGAAACAUACACUGCCACAGUUGCUGUCUUCAAAUCACUCUUCUUGUUCUUAUCUAGUCCAACCAAGGCAAGCAGAUGGUCAUUGGUCUCAAAACUCGUCACCAAAAAUUCAGGGGCUCGUUCUACCAGCAAGGUGGCCGGGAUCCUGAACGAGGUUUCUGGGGUUGAUCUAGCCCUUCAGAACGAUAAAAAAGUUGAUGUGAUGCUAGUACGAGGAAAAAUUCAAGCUCUUGAUGCUAAUCUUCAAAUCAUCGAGGGAGAACUCGGGUGCCUUUUUAGGUGCUUACUACAAAAUAGAGUCUCACUCUUGAACAUCCUCACAAAUUGAGUGGAUACUUAGACUAAAUAGUUUGUAUACUAUAUAUUCUUUGUCAUGGUAAAU